CCUAAAUCCUCAACAUGUUUGAGUGCUGUUUUUUUUUUUAAUUUAUUUUUUGUCUGAUACACGCCCUUGGAUGAGUUCAGUGAAUGGCCAUUGGCCAGUCUCUUCUGAACCAACCAGAGUGUACUCUUACUCUUACCCAACACCCAACGAAGCACUUGCAGUUUCAGUUUCAGUGUUGAGGAAGAAGAAAAGAUGGAGUGGUGGAUGUCAAUGCCAAAGGUGGAACUCCAUGCUCACCUCAAUGGAUCCAUCAGAGGCUCCACUCUCCUAGAACUCGCUAGAGCUUUGUGGGACAAGGGUCUAAUAGAUUUUUCCCAAGUGGAGCAUGUUAUCCUUAAAAAUGAUCACAUGACUGUUACAAGAAUUGCGAAUGAAGUUGUUGAAGAUUUCGCAUCAGAAAAGGUUGUCUAUCUCGAAUUGAGAACCACCCCAAAGAAAAACGAUUCCCAAGGAAUGAGCAAACGUUCUUAUGUUGAAGCUGUAUUGGAAGGGAUAAGAUCUGUCAGCUCGGUUGAUGUGGCUUUAAUUCCUUAUACUGAGGAUCCUAGAAAUCUUUUAGAAUCUCCAGCUACAAAUGAUAAAUGUGAUGGAAAUAGUAGGAAGAAAAUCUUUGUUAGGCUUCUCUUGAGUGCUGAUCGUAGGGAGACAACAGAAGCAACUAUGGAAACUGUCAAACUGGCACUGGAAAUGAGGCAUUUGGGGGUGGUUGGAAUUGACCUAUCUGGGAAUCCAAAGGUUGGCAAAUGGUAUGUCAAUCUAUCAAGGACUCUAGCAUAGUAAUUCGUAAUGAUGCUUUAGAUCAAAGUCUCCCGUUAUCUUUUUUUGGAAAAGAUACUUGCCAGCAUUGAAAUUCGCCAGAGAACAAGGUCUUUUUGUAACCCUUCAUUGUGGAGAGGUGCGCCAAUCUUUUAUUGUACCUGUUACCUGUGGUGAUUACCUGACUGGUCUGUUUUGCUUGUUUCGUGCUUUUAGGUUCCUAAUUCAAAGGAGAUACAAGACAUGCUCGAUUUUGUUCCCCAUAAUCGGACAUGCUUGUUUCUUUGAGGAGGAACACUGGAGAAAGUUGAAGUCUACUAACAUUUCCGGUUGAAAUUUAUUUGCUUGCUCACGUCCAUUGCUGCAACACAGGCAAGCAGCUUUGAAUAGCGUGAAAGGCUCACUUGGAGAUUAACUAGCAUUUAGAUCCGUCGUGAUUCCCCCUCCAUUCUAUGAAAUUUAAUGAAUUAAUAACAAAAGACUGAAAAUAUUGGCAAAACAUAGGCCAAAUAUCUAUUAAUAUAUAAUAAGAAUAUAGUUGUGGUAUUUGCUCGACAAGUGGAGUGUUCUGUGUUUGCCACGUGGAGCUGUGUAUGAUUGACAAGUGACUUUCAAGAAGAGAAUAUGAGAGAGAGAGUUGCCAGUUCUGAUAGGGGGAGUAGUUGGCACCAGACUUCCUCUUUCAAUGUCGCAGAGAAGAGAAGAAGAAAAGGUCGGUAAAGAAAUAAAGCACGACGGAAGAAGUGGUGGGUGGCGAUGACAACGACGGUCACAGAGAAGGAUGCUAGAUCGACAGAGAAAAGAAGAGGAAUGAGGCGGCGACGGCGGUGAUGGAGGUUACCGACGCUGUUGGAUCCAUAGAACUGCAUCUACCGCAGAACGCCGUCGCAGCCGUUCCUUUGCCAGUGGAUGCUGCGAAUGAAGGAUGAACAUCUGAGGUGGUGAUUGACCUGCAAUUGCAAGUAAAAUUUUUAGUCUCUAUAAUUCUUUGUUGUGGUCUCUGAUGGAGUCUUUGAUUAUGCCAACAAUGUCCUCCAGGAACAACUUCUCCGACAAAGCUCAAGGUGUGAAAUCUGCUGCAACGUGCUCCGGCUGAAGUUGCACCUGCCAAAGCGGUAUGAAUGAUUCAUCUGCCUUAAUCGCUAUUUUUUUUACCUUUUUUUUUUUGUUUAAAUUGGAUCGUUUUUUUCUCUUCUUUAAUUUGUUCAGUUUAAUUCUUGGAUGGCACUCUUUAAAAUUUAACUAAGUUUAUAUGUAUUUAAAUAAUUUUGAUCUUCCUUUUCCUUCCAUAACUAACUUCUGUAUAUUUGUUUCUGAGUUUUCUUUAAAAAUGAGUUUCAUACCAUAUAUAAAUAUUGAAAACUCAAGGGCACAUAGAUAAUGCAAACGGUUAAAGUCAUGUAUUACAUGCAGUAUUUUGUGAAUAUGCAGCAAUAAUACUAAUAAUAGUUGGUAAAUUAUCUGCUUUAAUUUUCUUUUUCUUCUGCUAUACAUGCAUGAUGAAUGUAGUUUUCCAUUUUUUAUUUUGUACUGUGAUUUCUAUUAACUCAGUAUACACCACUGUUGCAGUUUUAUGUUAUGGUUUGUUGGCAGUUUUUUAAUCAUUGAACCAUGCUCUUGACUAUUUUCUAUAAGUCUGUAACUAUAACAACUUGAAAAUUAUAUAGAUUUUCUUUCCCCUAUUUUGUAAAAUAAAAAAUUUUAUAGUUAACUAAUUUAAAAAUAGGCCACUACAUGUAAAACAAACAUUUUUUUACUUCUUUAGUUAACUAAUUGAUUAUUAGCAUUUUAUUAGAGAAGAGAUCAUGAACUUGAAUUCUACAGUGAUUCCAUUAGCCUGUGUACUAAAGAGUUUAAUCGUAUCUUUUUUAUGUGCCCUUAAUGUUAUGAAAUUGGAUGUAGAUCCUCGAUUGCGGUUUAAUAGAAGAAGGCAGAGAUAAUAGGAGAUGUAUUCAUCCUAAUUUUGUAUUAUUGCUGAAAGUUUUCAAUUGCUCUCUCUUGCCUUUUGUGUUGUUCUUCGCUCCCCCUCUGAUUUGAACUUCUGUGUUUUCAAUUUUAAAGAUUUUAUUAUCAGCUUAGAUGAUAUUGCUUGAGUUGUUCACCGUUCAAUUUGUCCCAUUGAUCUUUGGAGGUGAUGUAGUUAUUGUGCUACUAAUAAUUGAAAUUUUAAUUAUUAUAAUCGACAGAGUAUGGAAAUGACUAUGAGAUUAGCAAAUAUAUAAUUAUUUGUUGCACAUUAAAGAUACAAGAACUUCUUAAUCUAAGGUUUAGUCACUGAUUAUUAUUCAACUUUGUUGGCCAAUUAUAAAUAAUUUUACUUCAUUAAAACUGUCAUUGCAGUGUUGUUUAGCGAGCACAAAAACCAAGUUCAUGGUAUAUAAUUAUAUCACUGGCUUUGUUGCAUGUUUGGUUCUUCUUCUUAAACUAUGUUUUGUUAGUAUUAUUGUUAUUGUUCGUGUUGAAGCUUGAUAUGAUUUGUUUUAUGUUCCUGGUGGGUUAAGUAGGAGAUCACAAAGAGACAUAUUAUAUUUGUCAUGUAGUUAGAUGCAAAUUAUAGCCUUUUUUACAAAGGAUUUAUGUAUAAUGUUAGUGUUUAUCAGUAUAAAAAGAAAGUCUUCACAUGUUGGGAGAAUGUAGAGAAAUGGAGAAAGAAUUUAUCAGUUUAAUUACUCAUGUUGAAAAUAAAGCAAUUUUUUUUUUUAAUUGAAAUGAUUGGGUGUGUUCUUAGUCCAAUAUAAAUUAUCUAUCACCAACAACCAUAGUUUCACCAAUUUUGUUCAUAGAUUCUAAUUUUUAGUAUUCUUAAAUCUUUGAACUAAAUUUGAAAUUAAGAUAUUUCAAGGAAUUACAAUAUGAGGGAACCAAAAGCAUGAGAGAAAUGAGUAUUAUUAAUUUACAUGUGAUGACUGAAGAUAAAGUAUGAUCAUCUAUCUAUAUGUAUCUUUUUUUCUUUUUAUUAUCAAUUACUAUCUUUAAAGAUCAAGAAAAAUGAAGGAUAUUUGAUUGAAAAGUGCUUCAUUUCGAAUUUCACUAUUUAAAUGCCCUCAUGCCAACUUAACAUUCCUUAUUAUAUAUGGUUUAUAAUGAUUUGAAUUAGUCCAUGAUCUAACUAUUUACCUUUUUUUGUGAUGUGAUGUAAUUGUCUUUCCUUAAAUACUUAUAUUGGGAUUCGCUAAAAAUGGUGAUGAAAGAAAUUAAAGAAAUGGCUGCUAAACUUUAAUUUUAGUGUGACUAUUGAAUUUUGAUUUUUUAGAUACGAAGUGCCAUGUUUAGAGGCUUAUAUAUGAUGCCGCCUUUAGGUUCUGAUUGCUUUUGCUUGACCCUGUUGACUUAGAAAUGAUACUUGAAGCCCAUCAAAUAUAAUAGUUAAAUUCAACACUGUCCUUUAACUAUACCAUAUAUCUUUUCGUUCUAUCUUUGUUUUAGUAGUUUGAAAAUGUUUCUUUUAAAUCUUACUGUUUUUUAUGAGAUUAUCAACCAAUGCUCUGAAGGUAAGUGACAAUGAUGUGACAAUGACCUUGGAAUUUGAUAAUAUGGCUGAUUGAUUCAUGACUCAUUUUAUACAGGGACAAAAUUUAGAACAUAUUUGUUUGAAUUUCAAAAAGUGAUAUUGGAUAGUUUUUAACUCAAGUUAUUAUGUAUUUAUGUUCACUUUUAAGCUGCACGAUUUACAAUGUGAAUAUCAGAAGUAAAUUCCUCUCUUACUGAGGAGGCAAUACAGGAACUCACGAGCAAGAUAACUAAUCUAGGAAUUAAACAAGAAGAUUUGAAGUUGAAAGUAAAGUGCAGUAUAAAAUAAUAGAAAAUGAUGUUUUUCAAGCAAAUUAUUCGUUCUAGGAGAUGGAUUAUGCAAACAUGAAUGUUAUUGUUGGAAACAAGAGAACUUAAGUGAUAAAUUGGGGAUUAUGCAAAAAUCUAAACGUGGUCAAGUUAGUAUUACACAAAAUAUUUUAACAUUUAGAAAUAUUUUGCUUUUACUAUAUGGUUCUUUUUUUUAUAGUACUUGCUUGAGCUUGUGAGAAAUGUAAUAUCACCAUUUUAGCAUAAAUUCAGUAUUUUAGUUGAUGAAAAUUUCAAAAAAUAAUUAGCAUUGCAAAAAGCUGUGAAAGGAGUUGCAAUAACUUUUAAGUUUAUUGCAUACUAAAUUUAAUUUAGAAAUGGAGUUGAAGCAACUAAAUAAAACAUUUUGAUAUGAUUAGUUUAGUAUAGCUUAAACAUAAUUUAAUAUUUCUAAUGCAUACGUAUUUAUUUUUUUGUGUAGUCAUGCCAUAGUAAAAAAUUGUUAUAGAGAAAUUCUCACAAAAGUUGUGUGCUGUGCAUGUGGGAACAUAAUAACUUUUAAAUUUAUCGCACACUAAAUUUAAUUUAGAAAUGGAGUUGAAGCAACUAAAUAAAAUAUUUUAAUAUGAUUUAGUAUAGCUUAAACAUAAUUCAAUAUUUUUAAAGUAUAUGUAUUUAGUAUUUUGUGUAGUCAUGCCAUAGUAAAAAGUUGUCAUAGAGAAAUUGUCACAAAAGUUGUGUGCAUGUGAAAACAAAAUAACAACUUUAUUAGCAUAUAUAUA